UAAAUACAUAAAAACAUUCUCGAUUCGACUUUGGGCGAAUCCUCUGUGUAUGAAUCGUCUUGGGGCGAAACCUCGAAAUAUCGUUGGCAAUUAACAAGAUUUUCUUAUCAAUGGCUACCUGAUAUGGCUCAUCCCAAUCUGUCCCCACACCUGCAUACUGAGGAGUGCAACGGGUACAUCAAGGAAUACCAGGACUGCCACGCGGAUCUAUGGAAGAAAUUCUCAGGCCAAUGUAAUCCUGAGUAUCUUGCUAUGAUGAAAUGUUUUAGGAGAGAGAAAGAUUAUAAAAGAAAGAACCACAAACUACGUGUGAAGAUUUAUGUUGAAAAGCCAUCCCAACCUGAAGAUCACACCGCUGACGAUUAACAAACUACAAACACACUUAACAGUUUUACAUAUAAACUUCACUCUUAAUCUCAGAUUCAUUUUUUUGAAACACGAGCCCGAAGUUGACAUAUGAUCAGAUCCCUAUAAAUCACCUUCUUUGUAAGAAGUAUUGAAGCCAAUUGUGAUAACGUUAUAACAAUUAUUUAAGACAGUAUUUUUGAAGAUAAUAUUUAGCAAGUGUGACAAAACCACAAACAUGUCUGUCAUCCAGUUACCGCAAAAGAAGUAUUAUCGGCAGCGGGCGCACUCGAACCCUAUGUCCGACCACAGCUUUGACUACCCUGUGAAACCAGCAGAAAUGGACUGGCACUCUUACUAUCCUGAUAUCUUUAAGUCCCUCGAUUCUGUUGCUACUGAUGAGCAGGAUUAUGAUUUUAAGGGAGGUAAUGAUGCCUCAAACAGAGGUAAUAAUGCCUCUAAGGGAGAUAAUGAUUCCUCCAAGGGAGGUAAUCCCAAAGUUGAAUUCGCUGAUAUAGGGUGUGGCUACGGGGGUCUGCUAGUGGAUUUAUCUCCCCUGUUUCCAGACAAGCUCAUGCUCGGCAUGGAGAUCAGAGUCAAGGUGUCAGAUUACGUGAAGGACAGGAUUGUAGCAUUACGAAACAAACAUCCCGGUCAGUAUCAAAACAUCGCCUGUAUUCGUACAAACGCGAUGAAGUACCUGCCGAAUUUCUUCGAGAAAGGCCAACUGUCGAAGAUGUUCUUCCUCUUUCCUGACCCCCAUUUCAAGAAGACCAAGCACAAGUGGAGAAUCAUCAGCACCACCCUGCUGGCAGAGUAUGCGUACGUAUUAUGCGAGGGUGGAAUCGUCUACACCAUCACAGACGUCAAAGAUCUCCAUGACUGGAUGGUGGAACAUUUCGAGAAGUUUCCACUGUUCAAGAGAAUGACCGAGGAUGAACUGACGGGAGACGUUGUCAUAUCCAAGCUGUUCAAUAGCACAGAGGAAGGUCAGAAGGUCACGAGAAACAACGGUGAAAAGUUCCUGGCUGUGUUUAGAAGAAUAGCUGACCCACAUAGCUAGGCAGCUUUAAGAUUGCUCACAAUUAUUGAUGUGUAUGAUUGAAGAGCUGAAUGUUGACUUUGUGUUGUAGUCCGAUGAAUAUUUGCAAAAUGGAAGACUUGUAUGUAUUUGUUAUGAAGACUGCAGUUUUUUGAAAGACUGUAUAAAUAUCUUUGAUGCAUUACUGUAAAGAUUGUGAAGAAUACAUGGAAAAAUGCCAUCAUGAUGUGAAAAAUCAGGUACUAUUCCGUUGCAUUUUGAUAAUGUUUCAACAAAUACAGUGUAUUAGAAGCUUUCAAAUUGAUAGCUGAUUUGAUUAUUUUGUACACAAUUAAGUUAUUAUGUUAUUGUCAAAUUUUAAGAGUAUUAGAUUUGGGCAACAUCAGAAGAUAAGUUUGCAAAUCACUUGUCCUUAUCUGUUUGUGUCCUUAUCUGUUUGCAUUUCAAGAAAAUCUAAUAUAAACCUUUUAAAGGUUAGUUGCAUUCUCUACUGAAUUUAAAGGGGCCUUUUCACGUUUUGGUAAAUUGAAAAAAUUAAAAAUAAAUGUUUCAGAUUUGCAAA